AUGGAGGAAGCCGGCCACGUUUGCCGCCCCCCAGAGGAGAAGGCAGAGCCGGCCUGUGUGUUGACUGAGUGGCCUACUCAGGACAAAGUGAAAGCAUGUAAUCCAAGUAAAACAUUACUUUUGCAAAAUGUUAAGCAUGAGACAGAGAUGCCUCGGAGCAAGGCGGGGCAUCAUUGGGGAAGAUCUGGCUGGCUUCAGUUAACUGUGGAAACAGCCGAUGGAAAAUACGCUCAGAAGUUGUUUAAUGACCUUUUCGAAGAUUAUUCCAGUGCUCUUCGUCCGGUGGAAGAUACAGAUAAAGUUCUAAAUGUCACGCUGCAGAUCACUCUUUCUCAGAUUAAGGACAUGGAUGAAAGAAACCAAAUUCUGACCGCCUACCUCUGGAUCCGCCAGAACUGGCACGACGCGUAUCUCACGUGGGAUAGGGACCAGUACGACGGGCUGGACUCUAUUGGGAUACCUAGCGACCUUGUGUGGAGGCCAGACAUCGUUCUGUAUAACAAAGCUGACGAUGAGUCUUCAGAGCCAGUGAACACGAAUGUGGUCUUGCGGUACGAUGGGCUCAUCACCUGGGAUGCGCCAGCCAUCACCAAGAGCUCCUGUGUGGUGGAUGUCACCUACUUCCCCUUUGACAACCAGCAGUGCAACCUGACCUUUGGCUCCUGGACCUACAAUGGCAAUCAGGUGGACAUCUUCAAUGCCCUGGACAGCGGUGACCUCUCUGACUUCAUCGAAGAUGUGGAAUGGGAGGUCCAUGGCAUGCCGGCAGUGAAGAACGUGAUGAUCUAUGGCUGCUGCUCUGAUCCUUACCCGGACGUGACCUUCACUCUCCUUCUGAAGCGGAGGUCCUCGUUCUACAUCGUCAACCUGCUCAUCCCCUGUGUCCUCAUCUCUUUCCUCGCUCCCCUGAGUUUUUAUCUCCCAGCAGCCUCUGGGGAGAAGGUCUCCCUGGGAGUGACCAUUCUGUUGGCCAUGACUGUAUUUCAACUCAUGGUGGCAGAGAUCAUGCCGGCCUCAGAAAACGUUCCUCUGAUCGGCAAAUACUACAUAGCCACCAUGGCGUUGAUCACAGCCUCCACCGCGCUCACCAUCAUGGUGAUGAACAUCCACUUCUGCGGGGCGGAGGCCCGGCCCGUGCCACACUGGGCUAGGGUGGUCAUCUUGAAGCAUAUGGCCAGGAUCCUGUUUGUGUACGAUGUGGGUGAGAACUGCCUUAGACCACGCCACCCCCAGGAGCCCGACCACCUCACCAAGGUCUCCAGCCAACUCCCAGAGUCGAACCUCAACACAGUGAGGGACAAAGAUCUUUCCAGAAAGAAAGAAAGGAACAAACUCUUAAAGAAUGACCUCGGAUGCCAGGGUGAGACCCUGCAGGAUCGUGACGGCUUCUGUCCGAGGUUUGAGGGGCUUACGAGAAACAUUGAGUACAUUGCCAAGUGCCUCAAAGACCACAAGGCCACCCAUUCCAGAGGCAGUGAAUGGAAGAAGGUGGCAAAAGUCAUAGACCGGUUCUUCAUGUGGGUUUUUUUCAUCAUGGUGUUUGUGAUGACUAUUUUGAUCAUAGCAAGAGCAGAUUAGUAAGCGUGUGAUAUUUGGGGAGGAAUCAAGAACAUGUCUUUGGUCUCCUCCAAUGUUCUUUCCAGCUAGGUUGUUUUUCACACAGAACUUAGAAGGUUCUGUUGUUUGAGCUUUUUAUUUUCCCUUUGAAAUCAAUAUUUUUAUUUAUCUUUCUGGCAGUAUUGGAGUUUGAACUUGGGGCCUUGUGCAUUUUCCUUCAGUUUGUAUUAAUGCAGGCUUGUAUUUUGUGUUUGGUGAUGCUGGGGUUUGAACUCAAGGCCCUGUGCUUGCUGGGAAAGCAUUCUAACACUUGGACCUGCUGCCAGCCUCAACACAUGCUUUUUGUUUUUUUUUCU